GUAGCCUCUGAUAAUUAAUGGACAUUGAGGAUGGACGUAUUUCCUGGUUCAUGUUAGUUAAUAAUCCCUAUGCCGCUAACGUCGGCGAACCGUGCUACAUUGGUGAUGUGACUGAUGUCUCAACUACUGGAAAUAUCACGUAUAGUGCUUUUAACAUUUACCACUGUUGGUUAACCAUGAUUGGUGAUAAUGCAGUAGUGCCUUGUUACUGUUCCCACUGCCGGCUUAUAAUGGCCAGUGAUCACGUGAUAAUUGCUUGUUACUGUUCCCACUGCCGGCCUAUUAUGGCCAGUGAUCAAGUUGAAAUUGCUUGUUACUGUUCCCACUGUCAGCUUAUAAUGUUAUAAUGGCUAGUGAUCACGUGAUAAUUACUUUUACUGUUCCCACUGUCAGCUAAUAAUGCCUAGUGAUCACAUGAUACUGAAUUACUUGUGACUGUUCCCACUGUCGGCUUAUUAUGACCAGUGAUCACGUUAAAAUUUCAUGUUACUGUUCCCACUGUCGGCUAAUUAUGGCCAGUGAUCAC